AUGAAAACGUUAGUGAUUAGAAGCGUUUAGUUUGUUUAUACUGUAAAAGAAUUCAAAUUUUGAAUCAUUUUGAAAAAUAUUGCAUAUUUAUUUAAAUAUUGUUAUUAAAAAACUAGUUGACAUUAGUAUUAACAAAAUAAAAUUGUUUAAUAGUCUUGAAUAGUUAUGGCCGACGAGUUCAUCAAUCAGACUUUGGCUAUUUCUGUCGCUCAAAUAUGCGAUAAUAUUGGAUGGCACUCAAUUACAGAUUCCUCAAUGAAAAUAAUGAGAGAUAUGCUUCAUCAUUACAUUGUAGACCUUUCUGUACAAAUUAAAAAAUAUUCAGAACAUAAUAAUUGCUUAGUACCAGGAAUAAAUGAUGUCGAAAAAGCCUUUCUUCAAAAACGUAUAUCCUUAGCAGAACUCAGAAGAUACAUAAAACAAACUGGUUCAGUGAAAUUCCCUCAUUCAUUACCACCAUUAAAUAUUUCUGGAAAAAGUACUUUUAAUAUUAUGAAACCAGGCAGCCGAGAAAUUGUCACUAGACCAAUACAUUUUCAUGAACAUUUACCUACUUUAUACUCUGAACAAAUUGAAGAAGAACAAAUUGUUAAUAAAAAAGAAAAGCAACAAGAAGUUAAAAUUAUUAAGCACGAGCAAUCUGAUGAAGAAAUAAUGCACAAACGAUUAAGAGAAAUUUCUAGUGUUGUUAUGACAUCUGGAGGUUUUUUAUCACCAUCUAGAGAAGGUAAGUUAGCAGAAUCUAAAUUGUUACCCUUAUGUAGUAUUAAAACUGAAAAUUUUGAAAAAAAUUCUACAUUGUCUGCUAUAACUGAAACAAAAUCUGAAUUAUUACCAAAAAAAUUGAUUAGCAAGAAAAAAUUGAAUAAGACUAAAAAAAUCAAAUCUAAAUCAAAUAAAAAACAUAGUUUAAGUAAUAAUUCAAAUUCUCCAGUAAAAAAGAAAAAUAAGAAAAAGUUAAAUGUUUUUAUAAAAAAUAAAAAGCUUAAAGAAGAUCCAAUUGAAGUACCUGUAUUAAAAGACAUUAAAGAACCACAAAGUAUAGCAGUUAACGAGGAAUUAGUAAAGAGUCCUAUUCGAGUAGAAAGUCCCAUUAAAGAAGUUUCUAAAUUACAAACUAGUAGUAUAAAAUUAGAAGAUGUUUUACCCAAAUUUUCUUUUUUUGGCUCUUUACCUCAAGGUCCUGGAUUGAUUCCUUCAACUUUUCCUUUAAAACUCAAAAUACCUGAAGUGCAACCAAUUAUUCCAGAAAUUGAAACAGAAAUAAUUAACAAAAAAGAAUUAAAAAAGAAAAAGAAGGAAAAGAAAAAAGAAAGAAAGGAAAAGAAAAAGAAAAAAGAAAAAUCUUCUCAAAAAGUUCCAAAAAUUAAACUAAAAUUAGGUAUGCCAAUUGAAACAGUUAAAGAAAAUGAUUCAAUAAUUAAUCCAGUUGUUGAAAAUAUAUCAACAAAACCAAAAAUUGAACAAAUAAAAGUAGAUGACAAUGUUACAAAUAUAGAACAAAAAUCGGAUGUAUUUGUUGACAUUUUAAAUGAUGUAAUAACUCCUCCAAAAAUUCCUAGCCAAAAAAUAAAAGUUAAAAUAGCAACUAAAUUAACUCAAUCUAUUACUACAAAAUCAGAAAAACAACCACCUCCAGCAUUCUAUUAUGAUGAAGCAGGUAACCAAGUUUGGAUAUGUCCUAUGUGUACUAAACAAGAUGAUGGAAGUCCAAUGAUUGGUUGUGAUGGAUGUGAUGUUUGGUAUCAUUGGGUUUGUGUAGGUAUCCAAUGUCCACCAGACUGUGCUGUUUGGUAUUGCCCUGUAUGUUUAGCUAAACGUGCACAACAACCUUCAAAAGGUAAACGAGGAAGACCAAGAAAAAAUAAAUGAUAAUUUUAAACUUUUCUUUUAAUAAGACUCUUCCUUAAGUAAUAUUUGAAUAUUAGUAAUUAUUUGACUACUGUAAGCUACUUAGCCUGAAAAUUGUAAUAUUUCUUAUUAUACCUUUGUACUCUUACUUGUUUAAGUUAUAUAUUUAAAUUAAAAUUGUAUUACAAAUGAUCUCAAUAGUUUAGAUGAAUUAUUUUAUAAUUAUAAAUAGAAUUUAUAGCUUUUUUUUCUAAAAAGUUGGAAUGUGUGGGUAAAAAUUACCUUUUACAAAUAUUCCUAAAAGAAAUUUACACAGAAUAUGUGUUCUAAAAAGUAUUUUCUUUUUGCUACAUCUAUUUUAAUACUUAAAUUUAUUUUAUAUUUUGUACUUAUUGAUGUAAUAAAGUCUUCUAAGUAUUAUUGACUAA